GCUAAAAGUGUUCGCGUCUGCAUGUUUGUCGAAUUUCAGCAAGACCAGAGCACAAGGCAACAGUCGGGUGAAAGGUCAGUCCGCCAUAUGAGCAGUCAGCCAUACUUUUCUCUUCAGAUCCUCAGAGACCAUCAAUGAACGCCUGAACGAAGUAACUGAAGAAGGUUGAGGGUGUCGUUUUCUGCAGUCGAAUGAACCGCAGAACAGCCAUCUAUUUCUUCUUCUGCUUCGUCAUCAUCGCCUUCACCGGUUGUUUAGCAGAAGAACAGAGGCCAUGGAUCAAAGCAGGCUACUGGUAUGCCGGCAGCGAGUCUCCGAUCCCAGACAUAAACUCUGCCCUCUUCACCCACCUUAUUUGUGCCUUCGCCGCCGUAAAUACUUCGACUUUCGAGCUCUCGAUCCCACCCUCUGCCCUCCAAUACUUCUCCACCUUCACCAACAUCACCAAGCUCAAGAACCCCUCAUUGGUUACCCUACUGUCGAUAUGGAAUGGCCUGUCUGCGACUAAUCGCUCCAUGCUUGGCCUGGAGCUGAGCUCCUCCCCCCUGUCCUCAAUGGUCUCUGACCCUUCCCGGCGAAAGUCCUUCAUUGAGUCCUCCAUCAGGACUGCUCGGCUCUACGGGUUUAAAGGUCUGGACUUGUUCUGGGUUUGGCCCCAGACAGCCUCGGACAUGAUCCACAUGGCCUCCCUGUUCGAUGAGUGGAGGGCUGCUGUGGAGUCUGAGCCGAGGGACCCGAACGAGCCGAAACUGAUCCUCACGAUGGGUGUGCACUACUCCCCGACCUGUAAUUCCGUCAACUACCCGGUCGAGAAGUUGCGGAAGAAUUUCGAUUGGGUACAUUUGGUAACUUAUGACUAUCACCUUCCUAUGAAGGAAGGAGUCGCUGGAGCUCCUGCUGCUUUAUACGACCCGAGAAGCGAUCUCAACACUGACUUUGGAAUUAAAGAAUGGAUUCGGAGAGAGUUUCCGGUCAACAAGCUGGUGCUCGGGCUGCCCUUCCAUGGCUACGCGUGGACCCUUGUGGGUCCUGGAAAUGACAGGAUUGGUGCACCGGCCUCAGGCCUUGCGGUCACGCGGGAUGGCUCAAUGAGCUAUAAGUACAUCAAAUGGUACGUUCGCAGCUAUAAGGCUUCUGUGGUGUAUGAUGCCAACUAUGUUACAAACUAUUGCUCGAUCGGGUUGAUCUGGAUCGGUUUUGAUGAUGUUGAGGCGAUCAAAGCUAAGGUUGCUUAUGCAAGGGAGAAGGGGCUGACAGGAUUCAACGUGUUCCAGGUCAUUAACGAUGAUAACUGGGUUCUGUCCCAUGCCGCUCAAGAGGAUGCAUGUCACCAUAGGAAAACACAGAGAUUGUGCCUAAUUGUUCUGCUCCCAAUUGUCUUGAUCGCGAUCCUCCUCGCUUUGGUUGUCUGUUACUUCAGAAGCAGAGGACUUCGGCCUCAGGGCGUCUUUCUCCUCAGGAGAAUGAGUCAGUCGAGUUCAGAAGUUAACGCGUCAACUGCACAAAACUUUGAGGAGGAUACUCCUAACCUGCUAAGGUUUAGCUUUGGAAUCAUCAGAGCAGCCACAGACAACUUCUCUGAUGCAAAUAAGCUUGGAGAGGGCGGUUAUGGCCCCGUCUUCAAGGGAGAAUUGCCAAACGGACAAGUAAUGGCCGUAAAGAGGCUCUCUGAAUCGUCUAUACAAGGCGUUGAGGAGUUCAAGAAUGAAGUAACCCUGACAGCAAGACUGCAACAUGUGAACUUAGUCCGGCUCUUGGGAUUCUGCACGGACAGACAAGAGAAGAUGUUGAUCUACGAGUACUUGCCUAACAAGAACUUGGACUAUUACCUCUUCGAUCCGAUUAGAAGGCGAGUUUUUGAUUGGGGGAAAAGGGUUAAAAUCAUUGAAGGAGUUUGUCAGGGGCUUCUGUAUCUGCAAGAGUACUCGAACUUCACUGUGAUCCAUCGAGAUCUAAAGGGCGGCAACAUCUUGCUAGAUGCUGAAAUGAACCCGAAAAUAUCAGACUUUGGGAUGGCCAAGCUCUUCAGGAAAGGCAAGGUUGAAGCAAACACAGGUCGUAUCGUUGGGACAUAUGGCUUUGUUCCUCCGGAGUAUGUACAACAUGGUCUCUAUUCGAUGAAGUAUGACGUUUAUAGCUUUGGGGUCGUGCUCCUGCAGAUUAUCAGCAGCAAGAGGAUUAGUAAUGAUAAUGGUCCGAAUGAAGAUUGGAAUCUUUCAGAAUACGCAUAUGAGCUGUGGAAAGAAGGCAAGGAAUUCGAGUUCAUCGAUCCAAUUCUUGAUGACUCGGACUCUCUCUUUAAGACCACGAGAUGCUUGCAAGUGGGGUUACUUUGUGUGCAAACAAACCCUGUGGACAGGCCAUCAAUGGUAGAAGUUUGCUCAAUGCUCAAGAGUGAAGCCUCUUCGACGAUUCCUCUUCCUAGAAGACCUGCAUUUUCUGCCAAAAAAGAUGAAUUUUCUGAGAGCAUUACUCCUUCAAACCGUGAUGAAGUUGCAGACCCUUUUGUAAGACAAUCUGAAGAAGCGGAAGGGGAAGGAGCUCUCACCGAAUGCUGGUCUAUGAAUUAUUCAAAUCAAGCAGCUGCGAGAACCAACGCUGCUCCAGUGGCCGUCAAAGGCGCUUACUGGCCGUCGUGGUUCGCUGACACCCUCCCUCCUUCGGCCAUCGAAACCUCCCUCUUCACUCACAUCUACUUCGCCUUCCUCUCCCCGAGCAAUGAAACUUACAAGUUCGAAGUUUCGGGUUCGACUGCUGCUCUGCUCUCGAACUUCACCAUGUCCCUUAGCCUGAAAAGACCGCGGGUGAAAACUCUAAUCUCAAUCGGUGGGGGAGGCGAUGGCCCAGACUUGUACUCUCGGAUGGCAUCGUCCAGCUCAACCCGGAAGGCCUUCAUUGACUCGUCGAUAGCACUCGCGAGAAAGUUCGGGUUUGACGGGCUCGACCUCGACUGGGAGUUCCCUCAAAACCCUGGGCAGAUGGAAGACUUUGGGCUAUUGCUGAAGGAGUGGCGAGCCGCCGUAAACCAUGAGGCCCGGGCAGCGAGACGCCCUCCUCUCCUCCUCACGGCCGCUGUGUACUUCGCGGCGGACUUUUUCCUUGACGAGGUCCAUCGGGCCUACCCUGCACGCCAGAUCUCGGAAAAUCUGGACUGGAUCAAUGCGAUGUGCUAUGACUAUCACGGGUCAUGGGACACCUCCGCUACCGGGGCCCAGGCAGCCUUCUUCGAUCCGAACAGCAACAUAAGCUCGAGCUACGGCCUUGGCUCUUGGAUUCGUGCUGGUGUGCCCCGCAAGAAGAUCAUCAUGGGGCUUCCUCUAUACGGCCGGACGUGGGAGCUGAAGGACCCAAACAUUAACGGGAUUGGCGCAGCAGCAGUUGGGCUGGGUCCUGGGGAUGAAGGGGUCUUGCUAUAUCAUCAAGUGGUGGCAUUCAAUAAGCAAAAUGGAGCCGAAGUGGUCUAUGACAAGACCACGGUCUCGACCUAUUCUUAUUUGGGCAAAUCAUGGAUCGGAUACGAUGAUGUAACAUCUACUACGGCUAAGAUCAAGCUUGCACAAUCCCUCAGGCUUGGUGGUUAUUUCUUCUGGGCGCUCAGUUACGAUAAUAACUGGACAAUUUCGACGCAAGCCUCCAAAGCUUGGCCUUAUGGCCGUUGAUGUUGGUGCUUUGACCAAUCCUCCUGGCUAUGGCUUCAUCUCAUAUGGAAGUGGAGCUCAACUUUACUUUGCGUGUAAUGUGUAAUGAUAUGAUUGAACAUUAAGAGAUUCAUUUGGGAAAAUUUAAUAUUGUACUGUACGCCUGUGGGAAUAAUAAUAUUUAACUCUUUUUUUCAUAUA